AUGAUCAAGCAGAUAUUAAACAGGCUCCCUCGGAAGCCUUCGAAGUCGGGGGAGAGUCGCGAAGGAGGGGUGAUAUCGACACCCUCUUCAACCCCCUCCACAAGUGCAAGGAGCAGCGAUGUAGCAGGCCACCGUUAUGGAAAUUCAACUGCUUCACCUCUUUCAGGCGUUGUUGAUUCUAAUUCGGUUCCUGGAUCAAAUCAUGGUGACAAAAUUGCCCAAGCUAUGAACUCAAAACUGAAUCUGAAUGGGAGUUUUCCAGUUUCUGCUGCAUAUGAAGCCUUGCCAAGUUUUCGUGAUGUUCCAAAUUCAGAGAAGCAGAAUUUGUUUAUAAGAAAGCUGCAAAUGUGCUGUAUUUUAUUUGACUUCACUGACCCUACGAAGAACCUCAAAGAAAAGGAAAUUAAGCGUCAAACAUUAGUAGAACUUGUGGAUUAUGUGUCAUCUGCUAGUGGGAAGUUUACAGAUGUUAUGAUGCAAGAAAUUGUAAAAAUGGUGUCUAUAAAUUUGUUCCGGACAUUUAUUUCUCCUCCCCGUGAGAACAAAGCUCUUGAAGCAUUUGAUGUAGAUGAAGAAGAACCUUCCAUGGACCCUGCAUGGCCUUACUUGCAAAUUGUGUAUGAGCUGCUUCUUAGGUUUGUCACAUCGCCCGAGACCGAUGCGAAGAUGGCAAAAAGGUAUAUUGAUCACUCAUUUGUUCUGAGACUGUUGGACCUUUUUGAUUCAGAGGAUCCCAGGGAACGGGAUUACUUGAAGACAGUUCUUCAUCGUAUUUAUGGGAAAUUUAUGGUGCACCGACCAUUCAUCAGAAAAGCAAUCAACAAUAUAUUCUACCGCUUCAUUUUUGAAACUGAGAAACACAAUGGGAUUGCAGAACUCUUAGAAAUAUUGGGAAGUAUAAUCAAUGGAUUUGCUUUGCCACUGAAAGAAGAGCACAAGCUGUUUCUUGUGCGAGCUCUUAUUCCUCUUCAUAAACCAAAAUGCAUACCAAUGUACCACCAGCAGUUAUCUUACUGCAUCACACAGUUUGUAGAAAAAGAUUGCAAGCUUGCUGAUACUGUUAUACGGGGAUUAUUAAAAUACUGGCCAAUUACAAAUAGUUCUAAGGAGGUUAUGUUCAUAGGGGAACUAGAGGAAGUCUUAGAAGCAACUCAACCUGCAGAGUUUCAACGAUGCAUGGUACCCUUGUUCCGCCAAAUAAGUCGUUGCUUGAGCAGUUCACAUUUCCAGGUAGCAGAGAGGGCUUUGUUCUUAUGGAAUAAUGAUCACAUUGAGACUUUAAUCAAGCAGAACCACAAAGUUAUACUUCCAAUUGUCUUACCUGCACUGGAGCAAAAUGCUCGAAACCACUGGAACCAGGCCGUCCAGAGUUUGACAAUAAAUGUCCGCAAGAUAUUCGCCGAUGCCGACCCUGAAUUCUAUGAAGAGUGCAUGAUGAGAGUUCGGGAAUAUGAUGAGCAAGAGAAGGAUAUGAAGUCGAAGCGCGAGGCCCGGUGGAAGCGUUUAGAAGAAAUGGGAGGCAUGAAAGCAACAACCAAUGAAGCAGUUCUGGUCUCUCCCAGAACUGCCUCUCAUACCCCUUCUGGCAAGGCAAGUAGAACUCAGUUGGAGUGA